AUGGCUUCAAUUGGUCGUUCGCCUACCUCGGCGAGCCUGUUGCGCCUAGACAAUCCUAUUCGGAGCUUGACGCUGGCUUUUUGGCUAUGGAAAGCUCUGCUGUUCAUCGCCGUGGUUGCCUGUCCAGGCUCUGGUUAUGACUCCUCCACCACUCUACUUUCCUACCAGGAUGCAACAACUGGUAGUCAGACUGAGCCUCUCACAUGGUCAUUAAAGUUUGCGCGAUGGGAUUCAAUCUAUUUUCUGCACAUUGCCGAGCACGGAUAUGUCUUUGAGCAGGAGUGGGCGUUUGGCUAUCCCAGAGUUUUGGGUUGGUUUAUUUCAGGACUUCGCAUGUCCGGGGCAGAAGGCGGACAGAUUAACGCGGCGCUCGUGGGUGUAGUGUUGUCCCACAUUGCGCAUUAUCUCUCCGUGCUGGCUCUGUACCGUCUCUCGGUCAAUAUAUUCGGUCAUGCGACAGCCGCCCAGAAACUCAUCUGCUUCUUGUCGGCUGCGCUGCAUAUUAUCUCCCCAGCUGGAGCAUUCCUUUCGGCGCCGUAUGGUGAAUCCAUAUUUUCCCUUCUGAACUUCACGGGCUUAUACCUUUACACCUCGUCCCUCAUUAACGAGCACAACGGCAUCACCGUCUUGCGGGAUAUCCAAGUCCUCACGGCUGCUGUAAUCUUCGCUCUUGCGACGAUUGUCCGCAGCAAUGGCAUCCUGAGCGGAUUUGUCUUUGUCUAUGAUGCCUGUAUGGUGGCCUGGGCAACCCUGACCCAGGGUCCAUCUCUUCACAAAACCCGUCGCUUAGCGGUUAUCAUCCUGAGUGGCUGCAUUGUCGCCUUAGGCAUGGUUGUGCCCCAGAUCUUGGCCUACCGCACGUAUUGCAAAUCCGAGACAUAUCUUCGGCCCUGGUGCAGCUCGCCCUUGCCCAGUAUCUACGGCUGGGUCCAAGGACACUAUUGGAAUGUUGGGCUCUUCCAGUACUGGACGGUCUCGAACCUCCCCCUCUUCUUGCUGGCAACACCGGUCCUGGUGAUUCUGUGCCAGUCAUCCCUGUGGGCGCUUAAGGCUCCAUCUACCUUGCGCUCAGGGUCCGGCAAUCAAUCACCGUCCCCGGUCAGCCCCGGGUCGAUGCUAUUUCGACUGGCCGUGCCCCAGGGUCUAUUAGCAGUCAUGGCCUUGACGAGCUAUCACGUCCAAAUCGUCAACCGAAUCUCCUCCGGUUACCCAGUCUGGUAUUGGUAUCUCGUAUCGAGCGCCAUGGACAGCUUCCAGGAUCACCGGAAGGGCCGUCGCGGUCUCGUGAACGCCGCGCAAACCAUGGUGGCCUACGCAUUGAUCCAGGGGGUUCUCUUUGGUUCUUUUUUGCCUCCGGCUUAA